AUGGACGGCGGCGGCGGGCCUGCCGGCGUCAGUGCCACCGGCAAGGGCGCCACCAAGCGCCAGUGGUACCCCACCGAGCACGAGGCGGCGCCGCCCAAGGCCCGGCGGCGCUACACGCAGCGCGCCCUGCGGCCCAGCAUCACGCCCGGCACGGUGCUCAUCCUGCUGGCCGGCAAACACAAGGGCCGGCGCGUGGUGUUUCUGAAGCAGCUGCAGCCGUCGGGCAUGCUGCUGGUGACGGGGCCGUUCAGGGUGAACGGCGUUCCCGCCCGGCGCGUGCACCCCCGCCUGGUGAUCGCGACGUCGACCAAGGUCGAUUUGGGCGGCGUGGCGCUGGACGUAUUCACGGACGAGUACUUCAGGGCGGUGAAGCCCGAUGCGAAGAAGAAGAAGAAGAAGCGCAGCCAGGAGGACUUCUUCGAGGUGGCGGACGAGGAGGAGAAGAAGGAGUUCAAGCCGGAGUACUACGAGAACAACAAGAAGCUGGAUGCGCAGAUCGUGCCCAAGCUGGAUGCGGAGAUGAAGGGGUACCUGAAGAGCACCUUCACGCUGAAGAGCGGGGACAGGCCGCACCUUAUGAAAUUCUGA